UGCUCCAACUGCAAAACCCUCAAAACCCCGCUCUGGCGCCGUGAUCCUGCAGGAAACACAUUGUGCAAUGCCUGUGGCCUUUUCCAGAAACUCCACGGCACCAUGCGUCCGCUCUCACUCAAAACGGACGUCAUCAAGAAGCGUAACUCGCGUAAA